GCCUUCGCCGUAGUAGCGUCGGCGGAUUCGCAGACCGGCCACCGGCGGACACAAGCUGUGCAGGUCUCCGCGAUGCCAGUCGGAUCAUAAGCCGCCCGGUUCACCCUGUGAAACGAAGAGGUCAAAAGAGCCGUGUCCCCUCCUCGAACACAGACUCUCGGUCCGACACAGAAGCAGACAUUGUUACAUUGGAGUAAAGCGCGUCCUCCGGUGCAGCGCAGCUUUAAGAGGAUUGCUGUAUCCCAAGAACUGCAACGCCGCCCGAAGUGUGUUUAGACGGGGAAAAUGUCAUUGUCUGUGAAAGAAAACAACAGUUCCCCUCAUGCCAAUUACGUGGGACCGUACCGCUUAGAAAAGACCCUCGGGAAAGGACAGACAGGUCUUGUAAAGCUCGGGGUCCACUGUGUCACGUGUCAGAAAGUUGCCAUAAAGAUUGUAAACCGAGAAAAGCUCAGCGAAUCCGUCUUAAUGAAGGUGGAGCGAGAGAUCGCCAUCUUGAAGCUAAUAGAACAUCCACAUGUAUUAAAGUUGCACGAUGUCUACGAAAAUAAGAAAUAUUUGUAUUUGGUUUUAGAGCAUGUGUCAGGUGGAGAGCUGUUUGACUAUCUGGUAAAGAAGGGCAGAUUAACACCCAAAGAAGCUCGAAAGUUCUUCAGACAGAUCAUCUCAGCUCUGGACUUCUGCCACAGUCACUCAAUAUGUCACAGGGAUCUGAAGCCGGAGAACCUGUUGCUGGAUGAGAAGAAUAACAUCAGGAUAGCAGAUUUCGGCAUGGCAUCCCUGCAGGUGGGAGACAGUCUGCUGGAAACCAGCUGUGGAUCUCCUCAUUACGCGUGUCCUGAAGUCAUCCGGGGAGAGAAGUAUGACGGAAGGAAAGCAGAUGUUUGGAGCUGUGGGGUCAUUUUGUUUGCUCUGUUGGUGGGGGCUCUGCCGUUUGACGAUGAUAAUUUAAGAAACUUGUUAGAAAAAGUGAAGCUGGGAGUCUUUCACAUGCCCCAUUUUAUCCCACCGGACUGCCAAAACCUUCUGCGAGGAAUGAUCGAGGUCGACGCCGGCAAUCGGUUAACGUUAGAGCUGAUCCAGAAGCACACGUGGUACAUAGGAGGGAAGAACGAGCCGGAGCCCGAGCAGCCGGUGCCCAGGAAGGUGGCGAUCCGCAGCGUCCCGUCGGCCGACGACAUCGACCCGGACGUCCUGGAGAGCAUGCACUCGCUGGGCUGCUUCCGGGACAAGAACAAGCUGAUGAAGGACCUGCUGUCGGACGAUGAGAACCAGGAGAAGAUGAUCUAUUUCCUUCUGUUGGAUCGUAAGGAGCGAUACCCCAGCCAUGAAGACCAGAACCUCCCUCCUCGAAACGACAUAGAUCCUCCGCGGAAGCGUGUGGACUCCCCAAUGCUGAACAGACACGGGAAGAGGAGGCCGGAGAGGAAGUCUAUGGAGGUGCUGAGCGUUACGGAUGGAGGUUCACCUGUACCUGCACGACGGGCCAUCGACAUGACACAACACGGACAGAGGUCACGGUCCAUCAGUGGUGCGUCCUCUGGUCUCUCCACCAGCCCUCUCAGCAGCCCAAGGCCUGUCCGAAAGUUCUGUGUCCCGCCUCAGUCCACUGAGCUGCUCUUGUCCCCCAGUUCUAGUUUCACAGACUCCCUAAAACCAAACUCUGAUCAAAAUGAGUCAAAAAAACCCACUUCUAACUCCCUAAUGCCAAACCCUGUAUCUGAGUCUCUCUUGCCCUGCCCAAAGACCCAAACUCUUCAAGCCAAACCCAAAGACAAACCCUUACAAUCUGCCCGAUCAAUCCCCUUACCUGAAUCUGAGCCUGAACACAUUUCGACAGCCAAGUCAGAACCUUCGACUCCAUGUCAACCUCAAGCACCCUGUAUACCGGGCAGCCCAAUGGUGCGACGGGCAACCCCAGCCUCCAUCAUACCUCCUCAACUGUCUGUCCCCUUUAGAUCUGUCUCCCCUCUUUCCCCUAUCCGACUACACCACUUCCACUCCGUUCCCGGCUCUGACCACACCACCAAAUCUAUCCCCACCAUACAGGUGACCCCCCACCCUUCUCCAAGGGGAAGCCCUAUCCCCACUCCCAAAGGAACGCCCGUGCACACGCCUAAGGACAGCCCAGCGGGGACACCAAACCCUACGCCACCCCCCAGCCCCUCCAUCGGGGGAAUGCCCUGGAAGACGCGCCUCAACUCCAUCAAGAACAGCUUAAUGGGCUCACCCCGCUUUCACCGCAGGAAACUGCAAGUUCCCACUCAAGAGGAAAUGUCCAGCCUCACACCGGAGUCUUCCCCAGAACUUGCCAAAAAAUCUUGGUUUGGUAACUUCAUCAACCUAGAGAAAGAGGAGCAGAUCUUUGUGGUUAUUAGGGACAAGCCACUGAGCUCUAUAAAAGCCGACAUCGUCCACGCCUUUCUCUCGAUACCAAGCCUCAGUCACAGCGUUAUCUCGCAGAUGAGCUUUCGGGCCGAGUACAAAUCCACCGCCGGCCCCACUGUCUUCCAGAAGCCUGUUAAGUUCCAGGUCGACAUCACGUACACCGAGAGCACUGCGGCCACCAAGGAGAACGGCAUCUAUUCAGUCACCUUCACUCUGCUCUCAGGUCCAAGCCGGCGUUUCAAGCGGGUGGUAGAAACGAUUCAGGCGCAGUUGUUAAGCACACACGACCAGCCAGGAGUCCAGCAGCUGUCUGGAAUUAUCCAGAAAACUUAUUAAAACGCCACCUCCCACUUCCCUGCACAUCCUGAGAUGAACAGUUAUUGACAGACGGCACUUUUCAUGAUGAACAAGCAGGUUUACAAGGAGUUGGACCCUUCAUCAUACUCUUUCCUUCCCGCUCUCUGCUCUCUCGAGGACUAAAAUACAAACACUGACACUUCUUCCCACUCAACCUGUGUGCUCCCCUGCCAUCAUUUCAGCACACCAACCUGUUAAAAUGUUUGACCAGCCGGUAGAAACCGGCGACAAAAAAAUGGCUCUGUUCCAAAAUGUAGUGAGCUUCCUCGAGGUACGUCACUUUGAUUAAGAGACCCUUAAUGCAAUGCAACAAACUUCAUAAAAAUAUCCAUUAAAGAUGACAGAUAAAGCACAUAAAUCAAUAUAAUAAAACUGAGGACUCUGUAUUUGUAUGUUAUGAAUGUUAUUAAAGUUUGGAUCUAUUAGCAUAGCAACAUGCUAAUGUCAAACUCUUUUGAAAUCAAUUGAAUGUUGAGUCUCUCUGUGCAGUUAGUUGUUAGCUUAGCAACAUGCUAAUUGCAAACUGUCCUAAGUCAGUUGAGAAUAGAGUCUCUUCUGCACAUAGCCUACUUAAGGAGAGCCACGUGUCACAUGGAGUUGCUGCCUAUGAGCAUUUCAGAUAAUGUGUUAGCUUAACAACAUGCUAAUGGCAAACUACUGAAAUUAAGAAUCAAGUAUACGGUGUGCACAUUGCAAGGAAUGCCAUUUCUAAGUCACAUGGAGUUGCUUCCUAUGAAAAGGGAAGUUGUUAACUUAGCAGUAUGCUAAUGGAAAACUUUACUGAUUCUAUUGAGAAUCAAGUUGUGUUUUGUAUGUCACACAGAGCUGCUGUUUCUGAAUUAUGGAAGCUUAUUUUUGCCAUGGAAUAAAAAAUCUAAAAUGUAAUUGUGAGCGCCGACAUUUUGUAUCACAAAUCUGACUUUUUACUAGCAUAUAUGAGACAUAAACUCAGAGCUGCAAGAUAUUCUGAGAAGAAAAGUCAAAGAAUUCACAAAUUAAAGUUAUAAACUAGCAAUAAGAUUUCUUUCUCAUUAUUGCGAGUUUAUAUCUUGCAGUUCUGAGUUUAUAUCUCAAAUUUCUGAAUUGUCAGAAUUGUUAUAUAAAAAGUCACAAUCAGGCCUAAAAAAAUUUUCUGCUAAAAUAAGCUUCCUUAAUAAAGCACAUUAUUUUGGGGGUUACAAACUAGUUAAGAAACUGCCUUAAGCUUGGUAUGCUAAAUUUUAGCCUUGAUUUUGGCGUCAAGACACAUUUUUUUUAGUAAACAAAAUAUUUGUAAAAGUGUGCUUUAGAAAAGUUGUUAUUGUGCUUUAGAAGGCACCUCACUAUGUUUGGAACAGAUUCACAUAUAAAAUACUAGACAUAAGUACACACUCACAACUUUUGGAUGUUUGACUCAGAUUCAUAAAGAAAAAAAACGAAACACAAAUCAAGAAGGAAAAGAUGACUUUGAAAGCUUGUCCUGGAGGAUGUGGACUUUUCCAAAUUGAAACGUUUCCAUUUGCGCUCUCUUUUAUUUUAUUUAUUUAUGACAUUGUUUGAAGAACAUCACUUGAUCUGAAAUCAUUGCUGCAAAAGGACUGAAAGAUGGAUUUCAGUGCAUUUGGGAUGGGAUGGGGUGGGGGAUAUAGUACUGAAUGAAUUUAUCCUAAUGAAUGAAUCUCUGUUGUACAGAUUGAACUUAAUUAUGUACAAAUAAAAUGUCUAGAUGUGACACUAGCUUUAGUUCUGUUGUAGAUUCAGAUUUGAAAUAUUGUGUUGCCAGUCUUUAUUUAACUAUCAUUUAACCCUUUUAUUUCUGUAUUUAUUAUGUGAUGGAACAAUUUGUUUCAUUUAAUCGGUUUCGUUAAACACUGAAUUUUUAUUUUAUUUAUUACUUUUUUUUCUUCUGAUCAUUCUCAUGUUCGCUACCAGCAGAUAAAAAAAGUGUUGCAUACAUUGUGGAUAUUUUUGUAUUUCUCCUUCUGUUUUAUCUCUGUCCUUAUUUAUUAUCAUCUAAUUAUAUAUAUAUAUAUAUAUAUAUAUAUAUAUAUAUAUAUAUAUAUAUAUGAGAACUUGAAUGUUAUUUAUCACAAUAAUGUGUUUGUUUGUAUCAGGGCAACACAGUUUUGUUCGUUUAAAGAACCUUUCUUAUGUCUUGAUUUGUAAAAGUACCGUGGGCUUUACGAAUCUUUCUUUCCUAGCAUCAAAAGAAAACAAAAUAGUGUGUAAAAACAAACAAACCAUAAAAAAGCAAAUUUAACAGUAACUUAAGAAUGUAGUUUAGCGUAUGUGGGGAGGAAAUGAACUUCUUGAUAUCAGUGUCAGCUUCAUAUCAUUGAUUGUGUACAAUGGAUGACAAAAAAGGCUGUUCUUGGUUCAGUUCUAUACUGUAAAUAUGAUGUGGUGGCCUUGGGGAAACUCGAAGGCCAUUCCUGCUCUUUGCUUUUGACUUGUAUUGCUGUGUGCAUGCAUGCAUUUCCUUUGCAUGGCUUUGACGUAACAAUUUUCAGAAAUCAUGCUAUUUUCUCAGAACAGCUUUCCUUGCAUUGUUUAAUGUGAAAAAAGAAAACACCUGCCUUCACAUUUUUUCCUCUGUUUAGUCUCUCUGCAACUUUUUUCGUUCUCUUCCUGUUAUCCUGUCAUGUUUUCUUCUAUCUACGGCGUAAGCAAGCAACGUGACGCAGCUUUCACGAACUUGCAGUGUCUACAUGAUAGGCUAUCAGUUAAUAAAAUGCUUCCUUUUAUCUAUACCAUGUACCUUGAACGAGAAAGUUUCGGAUGUUCACGGCCCCGUUUACAGACAGCUUGUUUAAAUGAUAACAAUAAUAAAGCAAUACCUGUUGUUAACUUUUUCUAUUUUAUACAGUUAUAAAGCAAAACUUCAAUGAAGAAAAAAAAAUAUCCAUGCGGAGCAGGAACAUGCAUUAAAGUUGUAAAAAUCCCCUUGUAUCAUAACUGUGAGCAAUUUCAGAGAGAAAAAUGAAACAAUAAACUCAUUUACUUAAUAGGAUGAUAGU